CUGUCCCCAUCUGCAAAUGUCCGUAUAUUUCAAACACAGAGAAGCAGAGGGACUAAGUUCAUGAAACUUUCCUUCAAGGAACAACUUAAUAAACCAUUGCAAGGUUGAACUUUUCCCCCUUCUUAUAUCUCUCCCUUUCUCUUUAUCCUCGAACUCAAACCCUAAACCCAUUUGUUAAUCUUUUGAAUUCUGAAGAACAUUUUCCCAUGUUACAAUCUUUCCUCUAUCGUUGUAGAAUCUAAAAACCCAAAUUUCGAUUCCAAAGAUUAUGGAUAAAAUAGCAAACUUGUUUGAAAUUAGGUGUUGAAAGGAAUCAUCUUUUUAGAGUCAAUCGUUGAACCAUCUUCAUGGAAGAAGAAAAAGGAAACCUUUACGAGGAGAUGGGUUGUUUCGAUCCCAACACUCCUGCUGAAGUCACGGUGGAGACUAGCUUCUCUCAAGCCGAACAACCGCCGCAAAUUCUUGUCGCCGGAAGCACAAGCAACAGCAAUUGCAGUGUUGAAGUAGAAGAGCUCUCUGAAUUCCAUCUCAGCCCACAAGACUGUCCUCAAGCUGCUUCAACACCUCUCCAAUUCCACAUCAAUCCUCCUCCUCCUCCUUGUGAUCAGUUCCAUAACAAUAUGAUUCACCACAUGGCUACACAUCAUCAUCAACAAUCUGAUUGGGAUCAGCAUAAUGGGUAUCAAGAUUUCGUCAAUAUGGUUCCAAACUCUGCUACAACUCCUGAUUUGCUUAGUCUCUUACCCUUGCCUAGAUGCUCAUUGCCUCCUCCUCCUCUUCAUCAUCAUCCUUCUUCUGUGCUUCCUAACUCAUUCUCAGACAUUAUGUCUUCUUCCUCUGCUGCUGCUGUCAUGUACGACCCACUCUUCCAUUUGAAUUUCCCUAUGCAGCCUCGAGAUCAGAUUCAGAUGGAUGCUAAUGGUGGUGUGAAUAUGAUGUAUUUUGAAGGAGGACACAACAACAACGACAACAACGGUGAUGGGUUUGACAAUGGGGUUCUCGAGUUUAACACAACUGGUGUUGUUACUCGUAAAAGAAGAAGAUCUCAAAAGUCUAACAAUUCCCCUACAGAACGUGAAAGAAGAGUUCACUUCAAUGAUCGUUUCCAAGACUUAAAGAGCCUCAUUCCAAAUCCCACAAAGAGUGAUAGAGCAUCCAUCGUUGGAGAGGCUAUAGAUUACAUCAAAGAGCUGUUAAGGACAAUCGAGGAGUUUAAGAUGCUUGUGGAGAAGAAGAGAUUUGGGAGAUUCAGGAGCAAGAAGAAAGCUAGACGUGGAGAAGAUCAACAACAAGAAGAAGAAGACACUGUGAAUUACAAGCCACAGAGUGAAGUAGACCAAUCUUGUUUCAGCAAGAACAACAACAACUCACUGAGAUGUUCUUGGCUUAAGAGGAAAUCCAAAGUAACUGAGGUCGAUGUUCGUAUAAUCGAUGAUGAAGUAACCAUCAAGCUCGUUCAGAAGAAGAAGAUUAACUGUCUGUUGUUCACCACCAAGGUUCUUGAUCAGCUUCAGCUUGAUCUUCACCAUGUUGCAGGUGGACAGAUUGGUGAGUACUACAGCUUCUUGUUCAACACUAAGAUUUGUGAAGGAUCUUGUUUGUAUGCAAGUGGAAUUGCAGACACAGUGAUGGAGGUUGUGGAGAAACAGUACAUGGAAGCUGUUCCAAGCAACGGUUACUGAGUUUUACCAGACACACUUGUGGGGUUAAUUGCUUUUUUUUUCUAAUAACUUUUGUUGUACUCCCUAAUGACUGAUUAAGUUAUUAUUAGUCACUUUGGUUAAUGCUCAAGUUAUCUAAGCUAGAGUUAGAGUGCUGAAGAGGCUAUUGGUCUGGAUUUUGUCUAACUCUAUAAAUUUCUAGCUUUUAUGAGAGUUUUAA